UUGAAGCGGAGUAGUAAGUGUGAUUCUACACGAUUCGCUAGCGAACGGCAUACAAGCGUGCGUUUUCCMACUCGUAAACGUUAUACUCGUUGUCAUUGGCAUCGCUCGGCGAAUGUGAGCCAGACCAAARGCAACAAUAACAAAAAAGUGAUGAAGAAGACGCAAACAAACCCAGAGUAGUGAUUGGCAAAGUUGGAAUCGACAACAAAAAAGUGUUUAAAAAUAAAACGAAUAGCUGAUGCUGUGUAUGAAAUUCCAUUAUUGAUAAAAAAGGCGCGCGAAUUUCGGUUCGUUGACGUUUUUUGCUGUCAUAUGGUGCUAUUCUGUUAUGAAGGUAAUCGAAAGCGUCAGUGUGUGAAAACAAAUAGUGACCAGCAGCACCUGGCUGCAAACAAUUUGCAUUAGCAUACACCGAAUGGUGUUAAAACAACAAUAGCAAUAAAGUAAAAAAUUGUGCAAAACCAACAACGGUCAACAAUUUCGAGUUGUGCAACUGAUAUCACAGUGAUGCCAAUUAGUCAGAUUGCCAGCUACUAAACUGCAACGACUGACUUACUGCCUCUGUGCAAUCACUUCAUACCGACGAUAUUCGCAUUGCAAAGCUUAAAUACAUAAAAUAACGGCGUAAGAUACAACAAGACUGGCUGAGUUGCAGGAAAACCUCUAAAUUGAAUAUGGCCAGCGCAGCAAAGCGCCACAACAUGCAGCAAAACCACAACAGUAAGCYCGUUGUGCACCAAGGACAAGCGYGCGACAGUAUUGGUGUCAAAAUGKUACCCCUGCUGGCGAUAUUCCUUUGUUGUGGACCAUUGCUGGCCGCUUCGAGUCUCGACGGUCUUCAAGGGCAGUCUAUUAAAGAUGCUUUCGGCGAAUACUCGCUAACGGACAUGAUCAACGCACAAUCGCAGGGCAUCGAGUACGAGGAGGCCGACGACAGCUUCCCCUCGUACAAAUUCUUACCCACAUCCGAUGUUAAGACAUCGUAUCGCGUCCUACUACCCGAAAGACUUUAUGAAUUCGCCAUACURGUUAAAUUUCUGCCGAACAGCCCGAAGGGUGGUUAUCUCUUCAGCGUGGUAAACUCCUUCGAGUCUGUGGUGCAGUUGGGUCUACACUUGUCGACGGUCAGCAAGAAUUUCUGGAAUGUGUCACUGCUCUAUACGCAGUCUGAUCAGAAUUCCGUUAGCCGUAAAUUGGUCAGCUACCAAUUGCCAUAUAGGGGUAAGGAGUGGACGACACUUUCAUUUCAGGUACUCAGGGACAAGGUGCUCUUCUACUACGAUUGCGAACUAAAUACGACGACAACGGUCGUACGGGAACCACAGGACUUGGUCUUCGAUUCGGCCUCAACUUUGUACUUAGCGCAAGCAGGUCCUAAGUUAAAUGGACAUUUUGAGGGAAAUUUUCAACAAUUGUAUGUUUAUACAAAUCCAGAUGCUGUAGAAACUGUUUGUAAACCGCCAUCAAAGAAGUGGGAUGACAGCUAUAAUGARAUUUUAGGUUAUGGAAGCGGCUCGGGCUUUAUGGAAGAUGCGAGCGGAGACUACGAAAAUUCAAAUGAAUCAAUCUGGAGUGCGACGGACGAUGCCAGUGGAUUUCCAUCACAGACGCCACCUCCUUAUCCGCACGAAAGACCCUAUCGCACACCUAAAGGUGAAAAAGGUGAACGUGGCCCUAAAGGACCACCCGGUGAUAGCAUACGUGGUCCACCGGGACCACCGGGGCCGCCGGGCCCUAAAGGUGAAUCGGCUACUUUUCCGCCCUUCGUUGAUUUUCCCAGCGGUGCCGAUGCGAAAUACACUGGCAAAUGCACGUGCAACGCGUCUGAUAUCCUAGAAGCAAUCAAAGAUAAUGAAAUAUUACGUGAAACAAUACGCGGCCCACCCGGACUGCCGGGCAAAGAGGGAAAGACUGGUGCGCCUGGACUCACGGGUGCUACAGGGAAACCAGGUGAACGCGGUGCCCCCGGUCCGAAAGGUGACCGCGGCGAUAGGGGCGAUCCUGGCUCCCGUGGACCCGAGGGUCUGCAAGGCCAUAAAGGCGAGCCUGGCGUCGACGGCAUGCCCGGCAUGCAAGGGCCACCCGGCCCGCCAGGACCGCCUGGCUUGCCCGAAAACUACGAUAUUAAUUGGAACCCCACGAGGACUUUCAAGGAAUCCUUAAUGGGCAAUUCAAUGCGUCCGAUGCGCAGCUCGUCGCCAGGACCCAAGGGUCCACCAGGUGAUAAAGGCGAUGCCGGAGCGGCGGGCGAACGUGGUCAGCAGGGUCAGAAAGGUGAACGUGGUGAUCCGGGAAUGACUGGCGAGAAAGGUGAUAGGGGUCAUCCGGGCGUACAUGGCGGUAAUGGCCAAAAAGGCGAACCAGGUCAACCCGGUGUCCCGGGCAUGGCUGGAGCGCCCGGUGCACCUGGUCUCAAAGGUGAUCGUGGUCUGCCCGGAGAAUUGGGUCCCAUUGGGCCACCCGGUCCACCAGGUGAGGUUAUAUAUGCAGAUAAUUCGUUGAAUGGGACAUCGAGCAGCGCGGCGAGUGGACAAUGUCAGUGUCCAGCGGGUCCACCUGGACCGCCGGGUACACGCGGGCCGCAGGGCUAUGAGGGGCCACCCGGUUUGAACGGCGAGCCUGGUCCAGCUGGGUCGAACGGUUUGACCGGCCUGCCUGGCUCCAAAGGUGAGAAGGGCGAAAAAGGUGUGCGGGGCCUGAGCGGCCCGAAAGGCGAUCGCGGCCCCGAAGGACCGCCAGGGCAGGCCUUUUUCGCUGGCGGUUACGAAGGCAUGGCUAUGAACGGCACCAAGGGGGAGAAGGGAGAGAAGGGUAUGCGCGGACGACGCGGCAAACCGGGCCAAGCUGGACCGAUCGGACCGCCGGGCAAACCUGGUCCGAUAGGCGAUAUUGGACAUUCGGGUCGACCUGGACUACCCGGCCCCAAAGGUGAUUCAGGCACUAAAGGACAAAAGGGUGAAACUGGCGGACGAGAAGGACCCAAAGGUGAUAAAGGUGAUCGAGGUCAGGAUGGACGUGACGGCCUGCCGGGACCACCCGGCUUGCCAGCAGCGGCCGGCGAGGGUGUGCAGUACAUACCGAUGCCUGGCCCACCAGGACCACCAGGCGCGCCCGGUCAACCCGGCAUGCCCGGUUUAUCAAUAACCGGUGCGAAAGGUGAGCCCGGCAUGGAUUCUCGCAGUUUCUACGGUGAUGCGUCUUACUAUGGACGACCGGCCAGUGGACGCUCCUCUCUCGAUGAAAUCAAAGCUAUGCGUGAACUACAAGACUUGAGAGAUCGUCCAGACAGCACAUCUGGCCCGCCCGGUCCUCCCGGCCCACCAGGUCCACCCAGCCAUUCUCGUCAUGACGAUGAGGAGACACCGUACUUUUCGGCAUCUUCCUGGAAUAUGCGCAUCGUACCCGGAGCGGUGACGUUUUCGAAUAUCGAUGAAAUGACAAAGAAAUCAGCCAUGAAUCCGCCAGGCACACUGGCCUACAUCACGGAGGAGGAAGCGCUGCUAGUGCGCGUCAACAAGGGUUGGCAAUAUAUUGCGCUUGGCACUUUGGUGCCCAUUGCCACACCCGCCCCACCGACUACAGUAGCACCGCCAGUGCGCGUCGAUAUACAGUCAUCGAAUCUGCUCAAUAAUCUGCCGCCACUAUUAAAUACGCCAACGUUUACAACGGCGCCGGAGUAUGAAACGUGGUAUCCACGCAUGCUUCGCGUGGCGGCACUGAACGAGCCUUACGUCGGCGAUCUGCAGGGCAUACGCGGCGCUGACUUCGCCUGCUAUCGCCAGGGGCGCCGCGCCGGCUUAUUGGGCACCUUCAAAGCCUUCCUGUCAUCCAGAGUGCAAAAUCUUGACUCGAUUGUACGUGUCGCAGACCGCGAUCUACCGGUAGUGAAUACCAGAGGGGACGUCCUAUUCAACUCGUGGAAGGGCAUCUUCAACGGCCAAGGUGGCUUCUUCUCGCAAGCGCCGCGCAUAUACAGUUUUAGCGGCAAAAAUGUUCUAACGGAGCCGUUGUGGCCACAAAAGCACGUUUGGCACGGUUCACUACCCAACGGUGAGCGUUCGAUUGACACAUAUUGCGACGCCUGGCAUUCGAGUUCCAUAGAUAAAUUCGGUUAUGCAAGCAAUUUGCUGGGGAACAAACUGCUCGACCAGGAGCGACAAACUUGCGAUAGCAAAUUAAUUGUGCUCUGCGUGGAGGCGUUGUCGCAGGACAGAAGGCGAAAGCGCGAUCUCAGCGACAGCGAACCCGAGUUCCAUACGGCGGAGGCAUACGCGCGUCACCUGCAAGAGGUGCUAACUUGAAAAAUUUACUCACGCACACAUGCGCCGAGGCAGCGCGCUCGCAAGGCGCUUCGGCUGCGGCGCCAACAUUUACACCAUCAUCACCAACGCAACCAGUGAAAUUGUGAAAGCAAAUCGCCCAACUAAAUUUGAAUUUUAAAAUUGUAAACAUCAAAAGCCAAAUCAGUAACUACUCACAAACGAGUGAAUGAUUUAUUUUUAUUACAACAACACUACGAAGAAGCAUAUGAACUAAUUAUUAAGUAAACUACGAAUUUUCCUUCGGUUAACGACAAAUUGUGGAAGUUUUUAUUGUAUUUACAGUUGAUUGGUACUACUAGCGACUAAUUGCACACUUACAUACAAACACAUAUAAAUAAAAGCACAUCUACAUAUGUGUGUGAGAUUAAUUCAUUGCAUGUACUAUAGACACAUACAAGCGUAUUCAUGUAGUUACAUACAUACAUACAUACAUAUAGUUAAACCUUCAUACUCCUACAUAGUUAUGAUAUUUAUUUAAUUUUCUGUGUAACUACUUUAGAAAUGUAAGUGUAAACGAAAACUGAAAUUGUAAUUGUAUUUUUCGAAUCAUAGAUUUUUAAUGUCUCUUAAUGCAUACACACACACAUGCGUAGACUUGUGCUAUGUGUGAAAUUGUAAAUAUUUCAAUAGUUUUUAU